CAAUCUCCUCAACCCCAAGAUGCACUGAAGGCAGCUUGACGAACUCCUUGUCCAAUGGAUGCCCUCGGCCGGGUGAGUGAAGAGCUGAAGCUAGUGCUUCAGCAGGGGGGAGGGAAUGGAUCGGCCAGGCCUUGCGCUUGCAGGCCAGGGAGAGGGGGCGGCGGCCCCGGCGGCGGCGGAUGACCGAGAAGAGGGGGAGCCGCUAGCGGCUGGCCUGCUGCCCAUCUGGAGCCAGGGGUCGUUAUGCAAAGUGUUGGACCACAUUAAUAGUCGCGAUCCAAAUUAGGGGACUUUUUGUAAAAUAUGUGUCGAUAUUUGCACAAAACUCCUAAUUUGGAUCGCGAUCAAUAGUCGCGAUCCAAAUUAGGGGUAUUUAUGUAAAUAUGUGUCUUGUAUUUUUGUAAAACCCCCUGGCCGGCCAGACGGUGGCCGGCGGAGCGGCGCUGCUGCCGGCCGGCGUCGCGAUGCAUCAGGCGCCUCCGCUCGUCGAUAGGGCACGCUGAGCAGCGGCUAUGCCGCCGGCGCCGCCAGCCACAAGCGCGCCGCUGCCUCGACACCAUGAUUUACCCUCUCGACGGUGGUCUCGAUGGCUGCGGCCUUGGCGCGGUGGGCGCGACGGCGCCGUUGGUCCCGCUCUCGACCCCGUAGUCGCGGGCUCGCGACGCCGCCACCUCGCCGGACAACGCGGGGGAAGCCGCCACCGAGGCGACCGCCACGAGCCGGGGUCGGUGCGGCGGGAGCAGCCACGCCGCCGGCCGGUGCGCCGGUGCCGCGCGGGCAAGCAAGACGUUCAUCAUGCGGGGUAGGUUGCUGAGGCAAGAAAAUUUAGAACUUCAAGUACUCACUUCUUGUUGUACUAUGAGCCUGAUACAUGGCAUGGUUAGGUCGGAUGGUGAAAAUUACUUCACUUUUCCGAAACUUUGAAUCCAUUUUUCUCCCUCAAAAGAUAGUGACAGCGAACUUCUAUGUGACUGAGGCGACACUUGCCCUUGCUUGUCCAUGUAAGCACGUCCAGCAUGUAAGCUACUGGUAUCGAGAAGUCAUCCAUGGCGACGCAGCAGCGGGCCGGGAGGCACAACUUCUUUUGGAGAAGAAUACUUGCCGUUGUCAGAUACUAUUGCAAUAGCUGUCCUAAACUGUUGCAGCUUUGCUGUUCUGAACGACAAGUUGCAACAUAAAACAAGUUGGCAACGGCCCAGUUUGCAUCUCGUUGUCUCCGUCCCUUGCACACGCUUUGUUUAACACUGCGAGAGCGUGCUUUGGCGCCUAGUCCCAGGUGAUUAGGUGAAUUACUGUAAGAAAUGGCCGGCGGCUCCGACGACAUCGCCGGACGCCGGAAGCCGCCCCUGCCGUGUACGGUGCGCGUCCAGCUGGCCGCGCUGGCGCUCGCGCACCGCCCGGACGGCAGUAUCCGGAAGCUCAUCGUCUCCCUCGGCAACCUCAAGUCGCGCGCCAGCCCGCGCCCGGACGCCUCCGGGGUGCGCUCCGCCGACGUCACCAUCGACGCCUCCCGCGGCCUCUGGGCGCGCGUCUUCUCCCCGUCGUCUGCGUCCGCCGCGGACGAGCCGGUCCCCGUUGUCGUCUACUUCCACGGCGGCGGGUUCGUGCUCUUCUCCGCGGCGUCCCGCCCCUACGACGCGCUCUGCCGCCGGCUCUGCAGCGAGCUCCGCGCCGUCGUCGUGUCCGUCAACUACCGCCUCGCACCGGAGCAGCGGUUCCCCGCCGCCUACGACGACGGCGUCGCCGCGCUCCAGUACCUCGACGCCAACGCCCUGCCGGCCGACGUGGUCACCGUGCCCGUCGACCUCUCCAGCUGCUUCCUCGCCGGGGACAGCGCGGGUGGCAACAUCACGCACCACGUGGCGCAGCGCUGGGCGUCCAUGUCCGCAGCGUCGCCGCCGGCGCGACUCUGCGUCGCUGGCGCCGUAAUGAUCCAGCCGUUCUUCGGCGGGGAGGAGCGGACGGACGCCGAGGUGGAGCUUGACAGGGUGUCCGCGCUGUCGGUGGCGGGGACGGACCACUACUGGAGGGAGUUCCUGCCGGAGGGCGCGACGCGGGACCACCCGGCAGCGCGCGUGUGCGGCGACGGCGUCGAGCUCGCCGAGGCGUUCCCGCCGGCGAUGGUGGUGGUCGGCGGGUUCGACCUGCUCAAGGACUGGCAAGCGAGGUACGUGGACGCGCUGCGCCGGAAGGGGAAGGCGGUGCGGGUGGUCGAGUACCCGGACGCCGUCCACGGCUUCCACGUGUUCCCGGAGCUCGCCGACUCCGGCAAGCUCGUGGAGGAGAUGAAGCUGUUCGUCCAAGAGCAUAGGCCCAAGCGUGACGUUUAGAUAUGAUCCUCGUUUGGAGGAGGAGAUUACGUUCGAGUGGUCUUGCGUGCUCGACGUUAUUGUUGUUUCCGUGCAUCAUUUUCAUUGAAUAAAGCCCAUGAGUUAUACUACUUGCUCAAAA